GACUGUUCAUUGACGUAAAACUGACGUGAAGCCUCAGUUCACUGCAGUGCUUGUUUGUGGAAGUCUGCUUAGACUUAGACUGGUGUGAUAGCAAACAUCUAGCGAGCUACCCGAGUCUUCCAUUUUGUCAGCCUCUUCUUUUUCAGGUUGCCGUCAUCAAGACACGUGUUGGCUGCUAGCAAGCUAUGAAGAUGAAGAAGCGACCAAACAUUCUGUUAACAGGAACCCCUGGUGUUGGAAAGACCACUUUAGGAAAGGAGCUGGCCCAGCGGACAGGGCUGACCUAUGUUAACAUAGGAGACCUGGCCCAGGAAGGACAACUUUAUGAUGGCUAUGACGAGGAGUACCAGUGCCCGAUUUUGGAUGAGGACAGGGUGGUGGAUGAGCUGGAUGAAAAGAUGGUAGAAGGAGGUGCGAUCGUUGACUAUCAUGGCUGUGACCUGUUCCCUGAACGCUGGUUCCACAUCGUCUUUGUCCUCCGCACAGACAACACCCAGUUGUAUACACGGCUAGAGAGCAGGGGUUACACUGGAAAGAAGCUGCAGGACAACGUGCAGUGUGAGAUCUUCCAGACCAUCUACGAGGAGGCCAUGGAGGCCUACAGUGAGGAGAUUGUCCACCAGCUGCCCAGCAAUACUCCCGAGGACCUGGAGCGCAACCUGGAGCAGAUAGUGCAGUGGACUGAGCAGUGGAUGAAGGACCAUAACUAGACGCUGAGCUCUGCCUGCUGGGUUUCACUGGCAGGACUGUCAACAAAAGUUAUUUGGACAAUUAAAAAUAAUUGGAGUUAUUUUGCAAUCUGCAUUGAUUUUCAUAGAUUUUGCCACCAUGAAGACUGGUGAUAUGUUCCGAGUAUAAUCACUUUCUUCAGUGGUGUGUAUACCUGCCUCCAGCUUGCAGGUAGUGCUGCUGGGCCAACUCCCUCUCAAAUGGCUGGACUGUGAAAGAUGUCCUUUAAACACAGUAACAAACACCAGCUGUCUGAUUACCCAGCGCAUCAUUUUUAUCUAGUACAAACUAGUGUCAAGUCAAAGCACUCAUGAACUGCUGCAUUCAUGUCAUAUUGUUUUUAUAAAUAAAUGAUCACUGGGAAACUGCA